AUGUUUCUUACAUGCCAAACUAAUCGAACAUUUAGUGAAAAUUAUUCUAUAUAUACUAAAGAUUUAUUUAAUCGUUUUCAAAAAUAUUUACAACAUAAUUAUGAACAUUUAUGGACAAAGAAUCAUCAAGAUAUGUUAAUUUCUAUUAAACCACAACAAAUAGAAUUCGAUAUUUUGAGUUUUGAACAUAUUCCGAAUGAUAUUCAAUUAAUUGAAGCAAUUAAAACAAAACUUCAUGAACUUAAACAAAUCAUAAUUGAAAACAAUGAAAAUGAAGAAGAAUGUCAUCGUUCUAAAUUACUGAAUGAUAAUAGUUCAAGUAAUAGUGAUGCUGAACAAAUCCCUAUUGCUUUAACAUUAACACAUGAAGUACCACUUGAAAACUUAUCAAAUACUCCUCAUCAAUCAGAUAAUGAAAAUGAAGAAGAACAAGCAAGACAAGUUUUAUUAGAACAAAAUAAUAGUAGUGAACAUGAAGAUGACGAUACAAUCUUAUUGAAACCAUCGAUUUGUCUAAAACGUAUAUUACAAACGAUGCUUGUAAUUCAAUUAAAUUAA